AGGAUCAUUUCUCGUGCAGCAUUGCAAGUGUGCAAGUCGGUUUAUUAAAAUAUUCUGAAAACCCUUAACUCUGUGACUUUGAACUUAAUUUUUUGAAGAACUUGUGGUUGCGCUUUUUAAUUAAGAACUGCAGCGUAUUAAUUGAACAAUCAAUUUCAAGACCAAUUCAAUUGUGAAAAUCUUUAGUGGCAAACAGUAAUCGCUGAGAUGUCGGAAAACAAUAUUAAAACAGUGGAACCAGAGAAAAGCAAAGGGCUAGAAAAUGACAAGGAUGCGGAUGGAAAUUCAGAUAGUACGGCGGAGGCGGCAGCCACGCCCACCGAAGAGGGUCCUGCCACCUUCGACAAGGCGAUCGAGGGUGCUGGCUUCGGAAUCUUCAAUCUGAUGCUGCUGAUCGUCUCCAUUCCCGCCCAGAGUGCCGCCAUCUUCGAGUCCAGCUCCAUGUCCUACAUCCUGCCAGUGGCCGAGUGCGAUCUUCGCCUGACUCUGGAGGACAAAGGUGUGCUGAAUGCGGUGGCGUACGCGGGCAUGACCAUCUCGGCCAUAGCCUGGGGCUAUCUGGCAGAUACGAAGGGUCGCAAGAAGAUCCUCUACUGGGGCUAUCUUAUUGAUGCUGUGUGCGUUUUUGGCAGUGCCUUGAGUCAGAACUUCAGUAUGCUGGUGAUGUUCAAGUUCCUGGGUGGAAUGGUGGUUAAUGGCCCGGCAGCUGUGCUCUUUACUUAUCUGACUGAAAUGCACGGACCCAAGCACCGCUCUUCCGUUCUGAUGAUCGUGGGCAUGGUCACCUCCACGGCGACGGUUACUCUACCUCUUCUGGCCUGGGGAAUCUUUCCCAGAGGUUGGGACUUUGAGUUCUGGGGCUUGCAAAUCCACAGCUGGCAAAUUUACCUGUUCGUUCUGGGCAUUCCAAGUUUGAUCAGUGGCUUGAUUUUCUGCAGCAUGCCGGAGAGUCCGCGGUUUUUAAUGGCCCAAGGACGCAACGAGGAGGCGCUCCAAGCCUUUAGGCAGAUCUACCAUGUCAACACUCGCAAGCCCAAGGAUACCUAUCCCAUCAAAGCUCUUAUUCAGGAAGUUCCCAAUCGCAAGGCCGCCCAGAACGAGGUUAUCUACACCAUCGAGGAGAAGUCCGGAGAGGUGCCCACCAAGCGGCAGUCCCGUACCCUGGCGGAGAGCCUGCGAUCCGGGCUGCAGCAGAUGAAGCCGCUGGCCAGGAAGCCCCUAAUGGGACUGGCCAUCUGCUGCUACGUGAUGCAGUUCGGCAUCUUCCUGGGCAUGAACACCAUCCGUCUGUGGCUGCCGCAGCUCUUCGCCUCCAUGGCGGAGUACGAGGCCCUGCACGCCGGCGACGGAUUGGAUGCCAGCAUGUGUACCAUCCUCGAAUUCAGUGUCAAUCAGACGGCUAAGACCGCCCUCAAUUACGCCGACGCCUGUUCAGAGCCCAAGGUGAUAUCGAUGGACAUGUACCUGAAUAACAUCAUUGUCUCGGCCACGGGCUUUGUGGGCUACUUCUUUGCCGGUGGAAUCAUUCGGGCCCUGGGUCCAAAGCGCAUGAUGACUUACGGACUUUUUCUGUCGGGAACCUUUGGCCUCAUACUCUACUUCUCCGUAAGCAGUCUAAUGACACUCAUUGUGGCUGCCAUCUUCCUUACGAUUACGGGAAUUGCUGUCUCCUCACUUUUGGGAGCUGUAGUAGCCCUAUUUCCCACACAAUUAAGAACCGUUGUGGUUGCCAUUGCCAUGAUGUGUGGACGCUUUGGUGCCCUAUCCGGAAACUUACUCUUCCCCGUGUUCGUUCAAAUCGGUUGUUUGCCUCCAUUCAUAAUGGUCUCCUCAGUGCUGAUAUUAUCGGGCAUCCUGUCUAUAUUUUUGCCUGAUCCAGCAAAGGCAAUGUUUACUUAAAAUAAAAUUAAAUAAGAUAUACACGUAAUACAGUAAAAAUAGACCUAGGAAUGCCCAUUUACUUAGAA